AUGUUGUCACUGCUCAAGGCAGCGUGGAUCAUUCCGUUCUGUUUCUCGUCCCUUCCAACAGCUCUAUGCGUGCCGUUCAAUUCGAAAGCUCGCUCACCCCCGGCCCGGGACUUCUUCCCCAGGGGUUUGCGCGUAGGUACUGAGCUUGACACGGAAACAGGCGAUUUUGCCAGUUUUACUCUUGAUGACACCUCUCUCAUUGCUACAUUGGACUAUGGGACUGAAAGAGGGGGCUACCCUUUCUUUCUUGUUGCGGACGUGAGCCAGCCAGUGCAGAUCGAAGUCAAAUACAGCGAGUCGUUCGUUGGCCUUGCUCAGCCAUGGGCGGAUGGUCCCUAUCCAUUCUCUACCGGCUUAGCCAACUCGUACCGAGUCGAGACGUUUAACGUCACAUCACCAGGACGUAUUACUGCUCCUCUUAUUCAGGGUGGUCAACGAUGGGAGUCUAUACGAUUGGUGACCUCGGGCAGCAUCACCUUCGAGACGAUUGGGCUCGAGGCGACCGUCGACACCACCGAGAUCGAAGACUUUCCUGGACAGUUCAGCAGCAAUGACGAGCAGCUCAACUCGAUAUGGAAAUUGGGAGCUGUUGCAGCGUCCACCGCCUGUGUCGAGGAAGGCACUCAGCUUGCCACGUGGGAGAUUGAUCCUGUCACCGGUGCUUUCAUCCGAUCGCAAAGAGCUUCUCAGACGCUAGCUGGGCCACUAUACUCGGAUUACACGCUGAGCUUUGACACAAUGAUUGAUAGAGGAGGUGUGUGGUGGGCAAUGGCAUUUCCGUUGGCCCGAGGCGAGGGUCUUCAGCUGCAGCUCAUCAGCGAUCUACCUGAAGGUUCGACAUUUGCAAAUGUCAACAAAACCCAGACGCCCGCCAACUCGGUCUUGCUCUCCUACGGGUACGAUUUCGUAAACCAGACGACCCUAACGUCUUACUACCUGGACACCUUUGCAGUCCCAUUCGCCGUUGCCGAGAAGACUUGGCAUCAUGUCACAACAGCUCUCUCGCCGGGUGGACGACUCUCCGUAUCCAUCAAUGGCCAGGUCGUGGUGGACAUCUCCAUUACGGACUACUGGACUCCUGCACCUGUUUCGUUCACGGGGAGUUUUGGGUUUGGUGCAUGGCAAGACCAGGCCGCGUACGUCAGGAACGUAUCUGUGUCCGACACAAUUAACGGGACCGUCAUCUAUACAAACCCAAUGACAUCUGUAGAUGUCUUGGCGGAGUAUGGAACGCAGACGAAUCUGGGAUCCGUGUGCCUGGAUGGACCCAAGAGAGACCGACUUGUAUGGCUAGGUGACUUCUACCACACCGCCCGCAUUAUUGGCUCCAGUACAUCCCGGUUCGACCUUACAAAGGGCACAUUAGAGUUUUUCCUUAGGACUCAGAUUGCAAACGGAGAGAUGAACAUUGCGCCCCCGAUGGGCUACGAUCCCUCGAUCACCGCCCCUUUCACGCCCUUUGGCUCCUAUGGGCUCUCCGACUACCAGCUACUUGGCCUCGACGGUGUCCACAGCUAUAUUCGCCAAACAAACGAUCUAGGCUUUCUGCGGGAGACUUGGCCGCAAUGGAAGCUACUCGUGGACUGGACUAUCGGUAAAGUAAAUAGCACCGAUGGUUUGAUCUAUGUACCAAGUGCAUUUCUCGGGCCGUCCCAGGCUGGUUCGGCGGUCUCGUGCUUGGCGGUACAGGCGCUGCAACAACUAUCUGAACUAGCUCAGGCAGUUGGGGAUGACACAUCCAAAUCUCGGUGCGACGCUGCAGCCCAGGCCCUCUCGGACGCUGUUAACAGGCAACUAUGGAACGAAGAUCUGGGCGUAUAUUCUCUAAGCACUAGCGACAAAGGCAACUUCUCCGUCGCUGGUAUCGCAUUUUGCCUCGCAUCCGGAGUGUCAACGCAGCAUCAGACCGCGCGUGCUCUCGCGGCUCUUGAUGGACUUUCUCUCUCACCCGGUUACAAGGACUCGACAGCGGCGAGCUCGACAGACCCGACAGUGGUAAUAUCCCCGAACACGAAUGGUUUCCUGCUGGAUGCGCUAUUCAAGUCGGGGGCUUAUACUACCGGACAUCAGCUAAUCAAGUCAUUGUGGGGCACGAUGGUCAACAAUAAACAGACGUCUUCCGGGGCAAGUUGGGAGUACGUAGAUCAGAGUGGCAACCCGGGACUUAGCUACUUUACAAGCCUUGCUCAUCCAUGGGGCGGCGCCGCGACUUACGUACUUACUGAAUGGGCUGCUGGGAUUAGGCUAGGGCCAGGCCCGGAAGGCUUCGGAUACAAGCACUGGAUUAUAGCGCCAGAAGCAGGACUCGCAAUGGGUCUGCAGACGGCAUCAGCUCGUGUCAAGACGCCGGCUGGCUUCUUGGCUGUAGAGUGGACCAAGUCAUCCAAAGACGAGGUGACAGUGAGGAUCGAUGCGCCACCAGCAACUUAUGGAACAUUCAAGUUUGGCAAUGAGACGAAGUCGCUUUGUGGGCAGAUACAGUACACACUUGUACGCAAGAUCAGUAGCUAG